AUGCCCGGCCCGGCCGCCGGCAGCAGGGCCCGGGUCUACGCCGAGGUGAACAGCCUGAGGAGCCGCGAGUACUGGGACUAUGAGGCUCACGUCCCGAGCUGGGGUAAUCAAGAUGAUUACCAACUGGUUCGAAAACUUGGUCGGGGGAAGUAUAGUGAAGUAUUUGAGGCCAUUAACAUCACCAACAAUGAGAGAGUGGUUGUAAAAAUUCUCAAGCCAGUGAAGAAAAAGAAGAUAAAACGAGAGGUUAAGAUUCUGGAGAACCUUCGUGGUGGAACGAAUAUCAUUAAGCUGAUUGACACUGUGAAGGACCCUGUGUCGAAGACACCAGCUUUGGUAUUUGAAUAUAUCAAUAAUACAGAUUUUAAGCAACUUUACCAGAUCCUGACAGACUUUGAUAUCCGGUUUUAUAUGUAUGAACUACUUAAAGCUCUGGAUUACUGCCACAGCAAGGGAAUCAUGCACAGGGAUGUGAAACCUCACAAUGUCAUGAUAGAUCACCAACAGAAAAAGCUGCGGCUGAUCGACUGGGGCCUGGCGGAGUUCUAUCACCCUGCGCAGGAGUACAACGUCCGUGUCGCCUCCAGGUACUUCAAGGGACCAGAGCUCCUCGUGGACUAUCAGAUGUAUGAUUAUAGCUUGGACAUGUGGAGUUUGGGCUGUAUGUUAGCGAGCAUGAUCUUUCGAAAGGAACCCUUCUUCCAUGGACAGGACAACUACGACCAGCUUGUUCGCAUUGCCAAGGUCCUGGGGACAGAUGAGCUAUAUGGGUACCUGAAGAAGUAUCACAUAGACCUGGAUCCACACUUCAACGAUAUCCUGGGACAACAUUCACGGAAACGCUGGGAAAACUUUAUCCAUAGUGAGAACAGACACCUUGUCAGCCCUGAGGCCCUAGAUCUUCUGGACAAACUUCUGCGAUACGACCAUCAACAGAGACUGACCGCCAAAGAGGCCAUGGAGCACCCAUACUUCUACCCCGUGGUGAAGGAGCAGUCCCAGCCUUGUACAGAUAAUGCUGUACUUUCCAGUGGUCUCACAGCAGCCCGAUGAAGACUGGAAAGCGACGGGUCUGUUGCGGUUCCUCCCACUUUUCCAUAAGCAGAACAAGAACCAAAUCAAACGUCUUAACGUGUGUAGAGAGAUCACGUUCCGUGAGCAGACACAAAAUGGUGGCAGGUUUGGCGAGCACGAACUAGACCAACCGAAGGGCAGCCCACCACCGUUUAUCAAACCUCACUUCCGAAUGUAAAAGGUUCACACGCCUUUGGCUUCCUGUUGACUUCCUCCUGACCCAGAAAGCAUGGGAAAUGUGAAGGGUAUGCAAAAUGGUUGUUGGUUACUGUUGCUCCCCCGCGCCCCUUGAUUCGUCCUGCGGCCGCCUGUUUUUCCAGCAGACCACGUUAACUGGCCGGCCACAGACUCCACAGUACGGGAAUGGGGGCAUAUAUGGCAUGAAGGGCAGUUACAUAUUAUAAUUUUAAAAGUAUAUAUUAUUGAAUAAAAGGUUUUAAAAGAAAUGUAUGGAGAGUUUUCAGUAUGGAAGGGGCCAUUAACUGAGACCCGUGGCCACAGAGGACUGAGUGAAAUAGAAGAGCAUAUGUGCCAGGUUGUAGCCAGAGGAAAGCGGGGGAGUCCCAGAGGUGAGGAGGGCUGGUCUGAAGGAUGCUCUUUACAGAGAUGAGGAGUUGAGAGAGCGAACUAGUCCUGGGGAUGGGGUAAACCGCAGAGAGUUUGCGUAGACUCCGUGGGCCAGGAAAGCCCAGCUUUGUCUUGAACACAUUCAUCUUCCCUUGACCCCUCCUUCCGAAGCAGGUGAGUCACCCAGUGAUUUAGGUGGUAAGGAAAUGUCACCUCUGAUGAACUCAGGAAGAUGACUUAGCCCCUUCUUUGCUUUCCCUUUGCUCGUGUCUUCAUAUUUCAUCCCCACCCCGCAUCCUCUGCUCGCUCCCCAUGGCCCCUUCUGAAAAAGCCUCUUACCUUGGAGGAUGGCUGAGUCUGCUGUCCUCGGGCAGGGAAGGGGUCGGGGGUCUCACGUCCAGAUCUAUAGGCUGCUUCUGCUCGCACUCUGAAGCUCCCGGGAACUGGAAGGAAAAGUGGCCCACUCAAAUGUGAAAGAGGGUGGAGUGGAAGUACUGAUCACAUUUAUUAAGUGGAAACAACUAAACCCGUUUUACAAAUUAAGCCUCCCCUGGCCACCUCAGUCCUUCCCUCCCAGAACAGGUGUACCACGUGGAGGUGAAAGCAGCAACAACCUAGUGGCUGCCCAGCCUUGUGUCUGGCUGUGGCCUGUGUCGUCCCACUGCCCGUAGAGAGCAGAAGGACAGGCUGACCCCACCGCUCAGGCGGCUGGGUGAGGUGCCCACUAGUUCUCUACAAAAGAACUUGAUCUGCACAACAUUCCUUCUCCUUCUCUGCUGCUUGUCCUGAACAGGUGACUAUAGGAAUCCAGGUGUGGAUGCUCACAGUUUUUGAAGCAAUUAUGGGGGUAAGCAAAGAGGCCCCUCAGGGUCACCACAACGUCACAGUGUACCUUGGACCAGCUUCUGUCGGAUCCAAACAGUUCCUCGGGUGUGGGCGCUCAAGGCUGUGCACGCCCUGGACACCAGUGAGUGAGGGCCCACAGGCCCACCACCAGCUGACUUUGUUAGGCCAACCGGACACCAAAUGGAUGGACUUGGUACUUUCUCACUCCAUCACUGGCCUAGUAUUCUCAAGUGGUCUCUCUCAUGAGGCCCUUUUUGACACAAGGCUCUGCAAAUUUCUGUUGGUCUCUCAGCUCUCUGGGACAGCAUCUCAAUACCGUGUUAUAAUGAGCACAUCCCUGAAGCUCCUGUGGACCUGGUGCUUUGUACGUGCGUGUUUAUCUACGCGGUGCGUUAUCUCCAUGUCGACCAGCUGGCCUUCAAGGGCAUUCCCAGACAGGAAGAGUCUCUGGAGCAGACACAUGGUCGGCUGGCUUGUGAGUUCUUUAGAUGCCAUGCAGAAUUUGAACGCUAGCUUUGUCCUCCAAUUUCCCUUCUCAACCAAAAUAAUCUUGGUUUUUAUGGAUGAUUAUUGUUGGGUGAGAGAGUGUUUGGUUGUGGAAAGAAAGGGAAGGAGGAGUUGUUGCUUAGCUUGUUUUGGUCUUGAGAGAAGGGGACAAGGAACCUGCUAACCCAAGCGCAGUCUAAAGCUCAUCCCCAGGGUGCUUGGAAAUUCGGAACAUCAGUUCACAUCUUUCAGUUGUCCUGCUUAUGUUUGGGUUGUUUAAAGUAACAUUGAAUUUUCCUGAUUACCAAAGUAAUAAUAUGCUCACGGUAAAAAAAUUCAUAUGUUACGUAACAGUAAGUAAUGAAAGCCUACCCCCCCCAACCACAUACACACAUGUACAAAAACUCUUUCCUCCCUUGGAGGUAACCACAGUUAAAUUUGGCUAUAUUUUCCAAUUUUUUUCUGUACCUUUACUAACAUUUUUAAAUUACAACUAUUAUUUUUACAGAAAUGUAAUCAGACUAUAGAUUCUUUUGCAACUUCUGUUUUCACUUAGUUGUGAAGUUCUUACUGUGUUAACAUGUGUAGAUCUACCUCAUUGCUUUUCACGGCUGCGUAGUAUUCCAUUCUGUGGUGUACUGUAGUUGAAGCAAUCCCUUAUUGAUAGACUCUUAGCAGUACUAUUACCAGUAUUGCUGUAAUGAACAAAUUUGCACACACAUUUUUACACUUUGUAUGUUUGUGAGAUAAAAAUCUUUAAAAAGAACUGUGCCAUAUGACUUUUUCAGAAAGGGCAUUGUUACAAUUCAGAGAAAGUAAUCUUCCCUUCACUCACUGGUGUAGGUUGGAACCGCGAGGCCUUUAGUCACGGAAUUCUUGUGGGACUCUGUCAGGCACUUGGGGCAUGUGCUCAGGGUCUGUGAGCUUUCUAGGAGCCUGCAAAAAUGUCUGAGACCUGAAAAAAAAGGUUGUGGCUCUAAAAGAAGAAUGUUGUAAAAUAAAAAUUAAUAAAUGUAGUUAAAUGUC